AUGAACUCGAAGGGCGGGCAACUCUUUUUCGCGGCGCUUGAAGGCCGCCUCGACGACGUCACGAGGUUGUUGGACGACGGUGUCGCCGCCGACUGGACGUGCGCGGCGUUGGCUGGCUCCACUGCGCUCUUUGGGGCGAGCCAGAAUGGGCACGAUGCAGUCGUUUGCGCGCUAUUGGCUGCCAACGCCGCCGUGAACCAUACCACGCAUGAGGGCGAAACCACUUUGAUGCCGGCUGCGACGCUCGGCCACGAUGCCGUCGUAUGCACGCUACUCGCAGCUCAAGCGGACGUCAACCAAGCCAUGACGGAUACGUCGACGGCACUGGCGUUUGCUGCGUGCAAUGGUCACCGAGCGAUUGUCGACAUGCUCGUCGCGGCCAAUGCCACCGUCGACGCUCAAGUGACGGCGGGGGCCACCCGCUUGUUUUUGGCAGCCCAGUGCGGGCAUGCCGAUGUAGUCGCGUCGCUUUUGGCAGCAAAUGCGUUCGUCGACCACGCCAUCGAGAACGGAUUCACGCCGCUGAUGAUCGCCGUCAAAAAUGGUCAUUUUGCGGUCGUUGAGGCCCUCCUCGCGGCCAAUGCCUCUGUCGACCACGCAACGAGCAAGGGCGAGACGGCGCUGCUCUUUGCAGUCAAAUAUGGUCUAACUUCGGUGGUCACAGCGCUUUUGAAGGCGCACGCGUGCGUCAACCAAGCCGGCCACGAACUCGACCGAGCGACGCCACUCGCCAUCGCCUCGGACAUCGGUCACCUUCCCAUUGUGAUGGCGCUCUUGGGCGCCAACGCGGCUGUGGACCAAACCAAUUCGAAUGGGACGACACCCCUCUUUCUCGCGGCCCAAAAUGGUCAUGACGCAGUGGUCGCAGCGCUUCUUGCGGCCAACGCCGCAGUCAACCACGCCAACGACGAUGGCCCGACGGCCCUAUUCAUCGCGUCUCAGAACGGGCACGGUGCCGUCGUCGCAUCGCUCCUUGCAGCACAUGCUGCCGUGAACCAAGCCGACAAAGCGGGGGCGUCCCCCUUGCUUUUGGCUGCCCAGAACGGACAUGCCCAGGUAGUGUCGACGCUCCUGGCGCACAAGGCCAACGUCCACCUCGCCAGCUUUAAUGGAGAGACCGCUCUUGAUUUCGCGACGCGCUUCGGCCACGUGCAUGUCGCCCGACAACUUGUGAGCGCUGGCGCGUUCGUGAACCAGCGCGCCGACGAGACGCCACCGACAGCGCCGCCUGCCCGACGCCAGCGCCUCGCCAAAACGGCCCGAAUCGAAAAGUAG